AUGUCCGACGAGGAAGGCCAGGAGCUUGUCACCAAGCCCUUCAAGUUUGUCACUGACCGUCCCGAUACAACUCCCUUAAUACGUGAACGACGAAACGACCAGCUCGAGCAGCUCGAUCAAUUGCAGCGCCGCCGAUUGCGAGCUGCCCGUGGCUUUGGGAAUAGCUUCCCGGGAUUUUUUUCCCGAAACGUCGCCGGAGGUCCCGCUGUUGGAUAUGUCGCUAACUUCGAAUGCUUCUGCGCAGGCACUGAUGCCCGUUUCCCCAACGUGAACCAGACCAAGCACUGCUGGCAGAACUACGUCGACUACCACAAGUGCAUCAUCGCCAAGGGAGAGGACUUUGCGCCUUGCCGUCAGUUCUGGUUGGCCUACCGAUCACUGUGCCCCUCCGGAUGGUACCAGCGAUGGGACGAGCAGCGCGAGGCUGGUAACUUCCCCGUGAAGCUUGAUGCUUAA